UAGAAUGCAUACUAUAGGUUAGAUACGGGUGGUGGUGCUACAAAGUGAAAUGUAUUACGAUGCCUACUUUUCAACUGAGUCAGUGAUCUGACAAAUUUCAAGUAGAAUGGAGCUAAACGUUGAUUAUAAUAUAAAAGGAACAAAAAUAAAACUGAUAGUGAUUUUAAUAAUAAGAUCAAAUCAAAAGACAAUAAAAGUAGAAAAUUUAAAUCUUAAUUUUGUAUGCUUCAUUCUAAACUGGGAAAAUGGCUAAAAAUACUAAAUUGGAAUAUUAUAAUCUGAUAAUAUUUUCAGUGCUUAAAGACUCCUAUUUUAUGAAUCUUAUAUUUACUACUGAUGGGUGAAGAUUGAUAAAUUAGCAAAUAUUUAAUUAUAUAUACUUCGAUUGUCAUUCAUUCAAUCAGUAGCUUAUUCAAUGAAUAUUUAUUAAACUUCCCUUAUAUUCCAGGACCUGGGGACACAACCCAAACCAAAAAAGUAAGGACCCUGCUCUCAAGGAGUUUACAUUCCAGGGGCCUAAUACAAUCUGCUCUGACACUCCAAAUACUUUAGUACAUUUUCAUGGGAAGCACUGACAGCAAAGACAGUAGUAAAUAAGGGCAUGAUACGCUUCAGGCCUGGAAUUUUUCAACUUUGGCUGUACUUCUGUGCAAAGGCCAUUAGGUGUGCAAUCUUACACAAGUUACUUAAACAUUUUAACCUUAUUUCCGCCUCUGUAAAAGAGGAACAGUAAUAGCUGGGUUCUCCUGGAGAUUAAAUGAGAUAAUGUGCGCCGACUAUUCAGCAAUUAUUAGUAUUAUCGCUUUGGCUCCAUGGUUCCAAAAAAAAGUGCCUGCUCAUUAGAAUCACCUGGGGAUAUCUUUAAACUCUCAGACCACACACCAGGCCAAUUAAACCCAAUCUCUGAGGGUGGGACAUAGGCGUCAGCAUUUUUUGAGCUCCCCAGGUGUUUCCAAUUUGCAGAAAUUUGGGAACGGCUGCAGUUUAGCUUACUGAUAUGUCAUAAUAACAUUUGCCCAUCCACCUAUCUUUACCAGAGAUGGAACCAGGAUGCCUCAUGAGCGAAUGAAAGCCAGAUAACUAAGGUGCACAUUUUUCUGUCUCAUCUCGUGGCUCGCAUCCAAAUCUCUUCAAAUCUCUUCAAGGGGAGAGGGAUGGGAGGGAGUCCUGACCCCUGCUGCCUGCGCACAGCUGUUAAGGUUUAAGGAGACCCUUAGGUAUAUAGGGAGGGCUGACACUUCCACCUGCAGUGACUGCUGGGCCUGCCAGAGGAGAAGCCGAGAGCCGGGAAAACCAGCCCUUCCGGGGCGCUGGGCUCGGGACAGAGGCCGAAGACGCGCCGGGAGGGAAGACCGGCAGCUGGAUCAUCCCCUGGGGCCGUACAACGGCCUGGCCCGCGCGGCUCGGGUGGGCGCUGUCUGUGUGCGCGCUUUGCCCUUGCUCGCCCUCCCCGCUGCGACCCCAGCCUAGGGCAGGAGCAGAGCCCAGGCGCAGUGGCCCGGGGCGAGGAGGGCCCGCCCCGCCGCUCGCCGCCAUGGAGUCAUGGCCGCCUGGCGGCUCUGCUCCCGCGGAGGCCGGGCGUCGCCUGCGCGGCUUGCGCGGCGCCGACUUGGCGGCCUCGGCCUCCUUGCUGAGCGGGGCCGGGGCCGAAGCCGGGUGCAGCGCGCCGGCCGUGGCGGCCGUUUUGCCGGCGGGGGGGAGCGGGGAGAGGAUGGGCGUCCCCACCCCGAAGCAGUUCUGCCCCAUCCUGGAGAGGCCGCUCAUCAGCUACACCCUGCAGGCCCUGGAGAGAGUAUCUUGGAUAAAGGACAUUGUUGUGGCAGUAACUGGAGAGAACAUGGAAGCAAUGAAGUGUAUUAUUCAGAGGUACCAGCAUAAAGGCAUCUCUCUGGUUGAAUCUGGAGUGACCCGCCACAGGUCAAUUUUCAAUGGACUAAAAGCACUGGCAGAGGAUCAGCCCAACUGUAGACUCUCAAAGCCAGAAGUAGUGAUUAUCCAUGAUGCUGUGAGACCAUUUGUGGAGGAAGAUGUCCUCCUUAAAGUUGUCACAGCUGCUAAGGAACAUGGGGCUGCAGGAGCAAUCCGACCUCUCGUAUCUACUGUCAUCAGUCCAUCUGUAGAUGGCUGCUUAGACCACUCACUGGAACGUGCGAGACACAGGGCAAGUGAAAUGCCCCAGGCCUUUCUAUUUGACGUGAUCUAUGAAGCAUAUCAGCAGUGUAGUGACUAUGACCUGGAAUUUGGAACUGAGUGUUUGCAUUUGGCUCUAAAAUACUGUCACAUCAAAGCCAAACUUAUAGAAGGAUCUCCUGAGCUCUGGAAGGUGACCUACAAACGAGAUCUGUAUGCAGCUGAAUCGAUUAUUAAGGAAAGAAUUUCACAACAAAUUUGUGUAGUUAUGGACACAAAAGAAGAUGAAGAACAUGUAGGUCAUCGUCUUGAAGAAAUGCUAAAAAAUGAAUUAAAUCAUGUAAAAGUCACGUCUGGCAGAGAUCUUCAGCAAAUCAUCUUAGAGCAAUGCUACAAUUUUGUUUGUGUGAAUGUUAUGACCUCUGAUUUUGAAGAAACCCAGAAAUUACUGAAUAUGCUUGAAGAGAGUAAUCUUUCCAUUUUAUAUCCUGUUGUUGUUAUUUCAGUGCAAUUUCUUGAUUAUGAAUCAGUACCAUUUGGUCAGAAAAUGGAAAACCUAAUGCAGAUUAGAGAAUUUGCCAAGGAAGUGAAAAAAAGAAAUAUUUUAUUAUAUGGCCUUCUUGUAUAUUACCCACAGGAUGAACAGAAGCUACAGGAAAGUUUAAGGCAAGGUGCCACCAUUAUUGCUGCCUUAAUCAAGGAAAGAAAUCCCGGACUCAUUGGUCAACUACUGGUAGCAUAAAGAACAUGAAGAAAAUUACCUACUGUGUUCUUAGAAACAUUUACCUAAGUAUCUCUUUUGUGCUUCUCUCCGAAUUGUAUAUGGUAGAAUGUUUAAGUUGUAUUUUAUGUCUUUUAUAAUUUGGAGGAUGUGAUGCUUAGGUGAACUUGAAAACUUUUUAUGCAUGUCAAAUAUAAAUUGCUUAAACCGGAAAAGAACAGAUAAGUGGAAAAUAAUAGCCUUCACAUAAAGAAUGUGUGCCUUUUCACAAAGGCAUGAAAGGUAAAAUAGAAAUAAUGAUGAGUCAGCUGAUUCUCCAAGGAAUGAGAAUUUAGGAAAUGUCAACUAUUAUCUCUCUGUUAAUUAGUAAAUCACACUAUAAUGAAACUAAUAAAUAAGAUUAAUGAGUAUUGUUAAUUCUAACAUUAUCCUCUCUCCAUGGGUUAUUUUGAAUUGCAUUCCAAUUUUUCACACCUUAAAAAAAAAAGAAGAGAUAGCAGUAAAUUCUGGUUUGAGUGUCUGUACCAUUAGCCUCACAUUACCCUAGAUCUCUAAAGGAGAUGUAAUCUCCUGCUUUUCUAAUGUUUUAAAAUUGUAUGUUUUCCUUGGUUUAUGAAAUACAGUUUUGACUUACAUUAUUUUUAAAGGCUUCUGAUUUUUCUGAAUAACUUUAAAAGAAGACUGGAAAGCUUCAUGAAAGUGACGUUAUUUUGGUCAAUCUUAAGUUAGUCUUCUAAAAGGAAGAGAGUCCAUUGCACAUAAAAUAAUUUUCUUUUGAUACGGAUAACUGCUGCCUUUUAAAAUCGAGUUCUUAGUCUUUCAAAUUUCCACUGGUAUAUACAUCUUAAAUAUUGAUGAUUUUUCCCUUACCUUAUAUUUUACAGUUUUGUCAAUCCAGUCAUUAGAGAUGCCUUUUAUUCUAUGUAUACACUUCAUAAAAACACAUAGAUCAGAUUAUGCCAGGGCUUAGGCUGCACGUGGGAACUAUAAAAAUUGCAUGAAAUGUUUUCAGUUAAAGAUAGACUAUGAGGGCUUCCCUGGUGGCGCAGCGGUUGAGAGUCCGCCUGCCGAUGCAGGGGACAUGGGUUCGUGCCCAGGUCCAGGAAGAUCCCACAUGCCGCGGAGCG